CACACGGCGGCUGACAGCGCCGCUCCUCUCCCUCGACCGUCGGCCGCUCCCCUCCCAGACGUCGCCGGUCGGCCGCCGGCCCGCUCCCCUCUGGCCCUCUCCUUCCCCUCGCCGGCUUGCCCCGCAUCUCCGCUGUACUGUCCCUUGUCGGCUGUAGCUAGCUCGCUCCCAUCACGGCGCCGGCCGGCCGCACGGUCCUCUCCCUCGCCGGCUCGCCUCCAACCCGCUGGGCGUCCGCAGUCCGCAUCAUCGCUGCCUCCUCCGCGGCGCCAGACCAGCACUGCCGACCUGCCUUAGCAAGUUAGCAAGCUGUUCUGUUUGAUGAAAUGUCGGCACCAACUUCGAUUCCCCGUGGUUCCAAGAGUGCGCGAGGCAGCAGGAAUGGUGUCGAGAGGCUCAGCAGCCUGUCCGAUGAUCUGCUCCACCAUGUGAUGUCCUUCCUGCCGAUGCCGGAGGUCGUGCGCACAAGUCUUCUCUCACCAAGAUGGCGCAAUCUUUGGUGCUCUACACCAUUCAUCCGCAUCGACAGCCAAGAUUUCGUGGAUAAACGGAAGCUGGAGAAUUUCGGGGACUGCUUGCUGCUCUUGCAUGACUGUACCACUUCCUUGGAUGAAGCCCGAAUCUCUGCCCAAUGGGUUAAUGAUACCAAAUGUUCCGUGUGGAUUCGUCAUGCCAUUAUGCACAAAGUUCGUCUGCUUCAUAUUUCUGGAUCUCUCAGUUUGGAUAGGACAGUAAUCUUUCCUUCUCGGCACCUCAAAACAAUCAGGCUCCAAUCUGUCAUGUUGAAACAUGGGUUAUUUAGGCCGCUGAACUACGACUGCCCUGUGCUUGAACAUCUAGAGCUGGAGUGGUGUGGUUUCUGUGACCGUGAGGAGAUCUCAUCGAGGUCACUCAAGGUUCUGCAUAUCAGUGACUGCCAGCUUACCUCCGGUCUCCUGAUUUGUGCUAGGAACCUUACCCAUCUCUCUAUCCUUGACACAGAAAUUGGUGGUAUAGUAACCAGGGAUCUGUCUUGUCUGGUAACAGCUUCGAUUAGUCUAAUACCCAAAUAUUUUCAUCAUAAGUACACAGUAUUGGAUCAUCAUCUACAUCUACUUGAUGGCCUUUCACAUGCCACAACGUUGGAGCUGCAUGCGCCAUUGCAUGAGCGCACAUUUGAGGGAACUUUGCAAACAUGCCCAAUGUUCAGCAACCUGACAAGGUUGGUGCUGGGCGAUUGGUGCAUGACUGCUGACUUGUACCCACUGCACCGGAUUCUCCAGUGCUCGGACAAGAUGAAGGAGCUCACUUUGAAGCUCGAAAUGGACGAAUGCACCACAUGCAAACUCUUGCUGCCAAUAAGGAGAGCGUCGCCAUCGGGCUCAGGCAGCUACCCUUGCAUCGAGAGGAUCAAAAUCUACUGCCAGAAAGAUCAUCCAAGGGUCGAUGAGUUGGUGCAGGCGUUGGCACAGACUGCCUGCAAUGCGAAGAUCAGCAUCGAGCAGCCCAUAUCCAUGCUAACCAAGAACUCAUUUGCAAAGUUGAUUUGUUGUUGAGACAGUGUUUUGGAGACGCAGAAGUUCCUUGGUCCAUGCGUGUGAUGGUUGUUGGAUCUGAACUGCUUAGUAAAUGUAGGCUGGUUGAUGGAUUCUGGUGGGUGUUCAGUCUAGUUCCCCCAGCUUUCCUGUGCUUGAACAAUUAUACCUGGAGCACAACUGCUGAGAAAAUCUUUUCGAAUGGAAUGUGAGCUUCUGAAUUAUUAGCAAA